GUGGCACCCUAACAGGACGCGGCAACUCCGUCAAAGCUGCCCACCUACUGCACCAAACUAUUGACUGGAAAUUUCGAAACUAAGCAACAGAAGUUCCCGCAUAUCACAAGAUUAACAAUUUGCGUAGACCUACAUGCUACAUAGGUCAAGGGUCUUCGGGAGCCACGAAAAGCUUGAUUUAGACUGCGGUGGCAGUGACCUCUCAGCCAGACAGGUGUUGAUGUCCUAGUGCAUCACACGCACAGACAAACGGUUCCCUGCUUGUAACUAUGUAGACCUCACUGCCAUUUAAACGUGUUCAGAGUCUCACAAGUUCAGUUGGUUCUGAGGGAGCAAGAACCUGUUCCUCUGUCCCAGACGUUUUUGACUUGGCUCAUAUAAGGCGGAUAGUGGAGAGACAAGCAGCACCAAGGGAGAGGAAGCCACGAGAACAUGGUGAGGUGGCGAUCAGGUAUGGAGGCGGCGGUGCUGGUGGCGUUGGUGGCGCUGGCAGUGCCCACGCCCGCGUCCGCGACGGAUCCUCAGGCGGACUCGCUCGCCGCCGUCCUCAGGGAGGUCACAGGUCAGCUGGAAAGGUUCAACACCUUAUACAUUAACAAGCUGGAGCGAGAACUAUCGAGCAGCACAGCCAAGAUCGCGGCUCUGGAAUCGGCCGUCAGGAGCAUCGGCGACCGCGCUGCCGCCUGGGACAACAUCCAGAACCACAUGACUGUGUGGACGGACCAGUCGCGCACGAUGGAGCGGAAGCUGGAUCUGCUCAACAGGUGUCACGAGAAGCAAGAUACCUGGGAAGUAAAGCUGAACGCCGUGGACGCUCUCAACCACAAGCUCACGGCGCUCGACAAGAAAAUCAACGCCAUGACGCGACUCGAGUUCAAGGUGGAGCAAGUGUCCGAAAGGGUAGAAGAAGUAAAUUCUAAAGUCAACUGGGUGAAGAAGCAGAUGGCGGCGCCGGAGCAGCCGAUCAUCACAGAAUUUGCGGGGCGCGGCCUGCUCAGUUCGCUUGUGCAGAUCGAAUCCAAGCUUGAAAAUAUAUCAAGCAAGCUACCGAGCAUGGGCGGCGGCAACGGUGGCAACGGUGGCGGCAACGGUGGAGGGUAUAGUGGAGGCAGUGGAGGCGGCGGAGUCUUCUCCUCCUUCAAAAGGCCUCGGCAGGUGUAUGGGUCGCGGUUCCGGCAACUGCGCCCCACGGUGGAACCCGAGCCAGGGAUCCACUUCACCAACGGCGACGAUGCCAAUACGUGCCAGUUGCAUCCAAGGGACUCGAGGAGACUACAGGACGUGAGCGCCAAAGUUGACCUUCUGUUUGACCGCAUCACUGAUCCAGAUUAUGACUAUGAUUAUUUCGUCAGUCACAUCCCGAGACCGUCGUCGCUGAGCAGCCAGAGCACCGGCUCCAACGGAGGCUCGGGUGCCGGUGAGGGUGAGGUCUCACCCGAACACCUCUUUGCAAGAUUCUGGAAGAGUAUUUUCUCGCCUUUCAAGAAAAUGAACAGGAAGAUCAGAGUCUUUGAAAAUCAACUUGCCGCUGUUCAGAAGUCGUGCAACACCAGCUUCAGCAUGGAAGGCUACGUGGCAGAAGUGGGCGGUGUGCUGCAGAAGAAGCUCAUGCCCCUGGACGAGGCUCUGCGGGAGGAGAUGCUGGAGACGCGCAUGGCUGUCAAUGAUCAGGCAGGCAACAUUGAGAAGGUUUCGCAGGCUGUGGGUAACACAGCAUAUAUGGGCGAGCAGUUGCUGACGGAGAUAAAGAACCAGUUCCAUGCCCAGCGAGUCAUCAUCCAGGAGCGCUUUGAUGAGACCCGUGGCCUCAUUCUCCAGUACUGCGCUAACGGCGGCGGCGGCGGCGGUGGCGGGCCGCCCUACAACCCCCCUGCCGCACCCCGCUCGCCCUCCUACCCUACCACCCCCGUGCCCUCCAAACCGUCCAUUCCAGUCUUUCCCACGACGAGACUAAAGAAGGUCAGGAACAGACACAACCGUGUACAUCCUGAUGCAGAGCCGGAAAUACACACAUUACAAGGCGGAAGGGGACACAGGUUCAAAUAUCGCUACAAGUUUAGCAGUGACAUAAGGGACUGCACCGACCUUCUAAGUCAAGGAUACACCCGCAGGAUUGUCUUCAACUUCAACCCGGAUUCGCAGAGACACUCCAACGGGCAUGAUUACUUCCACAGGUACUGCGACCAGGAGACGGCCGGCGGAGGAUGGACCGUGAUCCAGCGGCGGGGAAUGUUCGGGCAGCCCUUCGACAACUUCACUAAAACGUGGAGGGACUAUAAACUUGGCUUCGGUGACCUGUCGCGUGAAUUCUGGUGGGGGAACGACAACAUAUACAGGAUGGUGAGGAGCCAAGAUACUGUCAUCCGGUUCGACCUGUGGGACUUCGAGGGCAAUUACGCAUACGCUGAAUACUUGAGUUUCUCCAUCGGCCCGGAGAGCGACAACUACCGGCUCAGCGUGUUCGACUACCGAGGCAACGCGUCAGACAGCUUCUCCGCCCACAAUGGCUACCUCUUCUCCACUGUGGACAGAGACAACGACGAGGCCCCUGACUGCUGCCCUUGCGCCCCGGCCUACGGAGGAGGCUGGUGGUUCUACAGCUGCUUCGAGAGCAACCUGAACGGCGACUACUUCACCAACCCGAAGGACAACGACUACUACCGCGGGAUCAUCUGGGAGCUGUGGCUCGGCGACUACUCCCUCAAGGCCACCGAGAUCAAGAUCCGCCCCGCCAGCUUCUCCGGCGGCGUCGCCACCCCCGACCUCCCCCACCCCCCGACCCCUGCCCCCGACCCGUACCCGACCGAAACCCUGGAGCCCGAGCUGCCCCUCCGACAGCCGGUCCAGAACGCAUAGGAGGUCCCCGCGGCAGAGCAUGGAUGCGGCCCGAGCGGAGGACAUAUGGCUGGAGGAAUAGCCUGGUGCAGCGGUUGCACAAUCAACAUCCAGGCAGCAUUUACGGUUAUCAUUAAACACUUGGUGGAAAACAAUCCGAUGACAAUGAAUAUCCAUUUCUGUAUUAUUCUUAGUCUUCGCGAAAUAUCAAGUCUCUUGAGUUGUAUUUCGACUGCGAAAUUCGUAAUUCACAAAAUAAUUAAGAAAUUAAUCAGUUUUAUUCCCCCUAAUUCUUCACUCAUACUUGACCCUUUCUUCUUACUCAAGUGGCACUCAGUGUCCGUCCAUUAACAUAUCAGCAUACAGAUACAUAUUUCAGUAUCAUGUUGUAAAAUAUCAUGAUACAUUCUUGUUGGCCUUCGCAAAAAUAAAAGCUCUUGUGUCUCUACACAGUUAGUCCCACUUGCCAUCCGUUUGGUUAAAGAAGGGAAUAUGGUUAACUUCUAGCUUUUCGGGUAAAAUAACAUUUAACUUUUUAUAUAAAUAAGUAAACAUCAGUUUUAAUGAAGCUUGUAUAAUAAUAGGUACGAAUUGAUAAGGCCAUUUCCAGUGCAAAGUGUUACUUUCUGAAUCGGACUGCCAUCAUGCUUAUUAAUAUGAGUCUGAUGUGUAGAUACAGAAAGUAUUUCCCCAACAACCUCACUGGAGCUGAGCAACUGUACACCUGUGUUGUAGAUUCAGUGUAGAAGGGAAUUCCUUUGCUCUUUUUCUCUUGGUUCCAUUACUCUGUUUUCGUGAAUAUUUUUAUUUUUCACUAAUCUCUCUCGUUCUAUUCUACGUUGACUCAGGCAAUGUACAUGGCUAUUUUCUUUUCCUUUCUAUUUUCCUUUCUUUUCCGUCUCUUCCCAGUACCCUGCCUUUUUCACUCCUCUCGCUUCUCCCCUUGUUGCUUCAAAUUAACCUUGGGAUUUUAAACUAAUACCAACAAGUCGAGAAAAUGAUGUUAAUGAACUGGAUAAUCCCAGAAAUCAAUUUCAGUAACUAAAUACGCCUGCAUAUAGUAAUGCUGAAUCGGUAUAAUAAAUUAACUUCUCUUCUAAAACCAAUGUACUAAUGUAGGUUAAUCCGAUAUUACCAUAAGAGUAAGGUUAAUAAUACUCACUCCUUCAAUACACUCUUUCCCCAAACACACAAUAGGCAGUGUAAUAUAUUGUACUUAAUAAUAUCAACAUACAAAAGAGUAUCAAAGAAUGUACAGCAAGAGUCUGCUUCACAUUUACCCAAAAAUUAACUUUACAAAGUCAGUAUUUAUAGGAACGUUAUGUGAGAUUAAUGAAAGCUUUUGUGAUACCCAUCGUCGCACGGGAGACUCAAGCGACCAGACGAGGGUACAGAAUGAAAGAGUCAUGUCUUAGUGUUAAGGAAGGCGCCUGCAGUGUGUUGUAACAAUUGUCUUGAUUAAGGGACGCCUUGUGUUAUGUUAUUAAUCAAUAAAAAAAACAACAACAAAGAA